UCUUUCAAUAUUAUUCCCCAUUAGGUGUUUCUAGUAUCUCCACUGCAGAUCAGCGAACGCAACAAUGAAGCUUUGGUUGACCGUAGUUUGUGUGCUGGGCUUCCUCAGCGGAGGUGUCUUCACCAUGUACACCUCCAUCUCAAUCGGAUCGCAAGGCCUGAACUCGAUUUCAGCGUCCCUGAAAAGCAUUGGAACCGUUAUGAACGCUUUCUACAAGAACCUCAACAACGCCCGCAACAAAGUGAUUCCGAAACUCGACAGCCUUGCAGAAUACGUGAACGCCACCUACAAAUCACUGAACGAUUCGUACGGCGCCACUCAGCCCAGCAUGGUUAACGUGAUGUACAACUUGGAGUGGUUCUCUCGGCAGUUCUACUACGGUGAACAGCAGGUCAACUCGGCCAUUGGCAACGACUUGUCCCAUUUGAACUACGAACUGCAACAAACCAUGGACCAGAUGAUGCAAAACUACAACAACUUGCUCAACUCCUACGCCUACCAACAAAAUUCGGAAGCCUGUGCAGUUCAGUAUGCUAGCGUUGUUACCAGUGUCCCCGACCAGUUGGCUAAGUUCGGAACAUGCCUGCAGACCGAAGUGGAUACGGUCCCCACUGUCGUUGCUCCUCUGCAAGAGAUCUUGAAUUUGGUGAAGAGUGAUUUCGUUUCUCUGACCAAACAAUUGAAAAUCUGCGCUACAACCUCCACCAACUGUAUCAAUGAGUACUUCAACAACAUCUACAUGGAGAUCAACAACAUCAACAUGGAACUGUACAUGGCUUCGAGCCUGCUGCAAUUCUACCAAUAUGACGCCAUGUAUCGCAACCAGCUGUGCGGAGAGUUGGUCAAGUACAAUGUCCAGGAUAUCACGAUGAACUUGAUGCAACAGUUCUCCCAAUGCAUGUACCCUCCAAUGCCUUAAAGUUAAAAAAAUAGGAGAAACGUUAUUCAAGCAAUAAACAUGUAAAAAUAUGUGACCAUUUAAA